ACUUGCUACUUGCACAGACUUGCCUCUGGUCCUCAAGUUUGGCCAACAGUGGAGCACUCUGUGGGAGAGGAAACUGGGGAGCUGGAGGCAGGUCCAGGAAAUAAUUUGCAGGGCACAAGUGCAAGAUGAAAAUUCAAGCUCCUUGUUCAAAAAUAACGAAGAAAUUCAAGAGGGCAACAGCAGAGCAUCAGCUAAAUGCAGGUCAUUUUGAGCAUCGUGGGGUGCUGUGUGACCCCAUGUGCCAUCCGUCUUUGAGGCUGGACAAUGUUGGAAGCCACUGGAGAAGGCAGGGGGUCGGGGGGUUGAGCCUGGGGCUCAGAGGUUCUGUGUUAACCAAAUGUCACUCAGCUGGAAGAUCAGAGAUAGAAAUCAGUUAACUUACAUUUAAGAAAUCACCUGGAGGCCCAGGCUCUGUUCCAAGCCAUUAGGGAUUCAGCAGUGAGCAAGCAAGGACUGCUGUGAGUAGGGAAGGAGACUUGGUCUGAAAGAUGCCACAUUCCUGCAGCCUCUCUGGGUGCAGUGGAAUACAGUCUUGGGCAAGGUGGCGUGGAUGAGCUGGCGAAAGAGGAUGCUGCCCAUAUCCAAAGGCUCCAGAGGAUCCCGGCCUGGCAGCUGAGCUCCCCUGCAUCUGGAACCUCGGGCGUAACUUGGUGUAGAGCUCAUGAAAGGUGCUUGGGUUUCUCCAGCUUUUUUCACCAGUGCUCACCAGACCGGCUCAGGUUUUGGAAUCUAAGGUGAGCUGGUAGAAACGGGAGAGGUAGAAAGAAGCCCCUGGAUGCCUCCAGAAUUCAUUGAUGGGAUCCCUGCAUACUGCUUGGAACACAGAGAGAGGCUGUGACACAGCUGAGCUUUGGAGCAUCUUAAGUAAAGGAGUUCAGCUCAGCAAACAACUCUUGCAUUUCAGCCUGUAACAAAGUGUUCAAAGGGGAGAGUUUCUGCAUCUUUUACUUUGCAGUCCACUAUGGUAGAAAACUUGACAUUCUGUAGAUAAUGAUACUCGGUUUUCUUUCCAAGAUGCCAGAUUUAAAAAGAAAUAUGAGCCAUUCUAAGCUUUAAGGAGUGUUCAGGAAACACAGGAAUUAGUGGACAGCCCUCCCCAUGCAGGUUAAGGCAACAGUCUGAGCCCCCAACUAGUGCAGCUCAGCGAGCAUGGCCAUAUGCCAUUCUCGUCUCCAGAGAGCUGGUGGCAGUGACCUCACCGGGAGAAAACGCAUCCCUCAGCCGUGGGACUUGACAGAAUGAAGUGUGCGAGGGAGACCACUAGCCGAGACUUGGCCUUUCCUGACUGCCCCUGUGUUAUCUGGGCAGCUCCAGAUCACUGAGCCCACAAUGGCUGAGAAGAGUGACUGCAUCGCCAGUGUCUACGGGUAUGACCUCGGUGGGCGCUUUGUUGACUUCCAACCCCUGGGCUUCGGUGUCAAUGGUUUGGUGCUGUCGGCCAUGGACAGCCGGGCCUGCCGGAAGGUCGCCGUGAAGAAGAUUGCCCUGAGUGAUGCCCGCAGCAUGAAGCAUGCACUCCGAGAGAUCAAGAUCAUUCGGCGUCUGGACCACGACAACAUCGUCAAAGUGUACGAGGUGCUCGGGCCCAAGGGCACUGACCUGCAGGGUGAGCUGCUCAAGUUCAGCGUGGCCUACAUCGUCCAGGAGUACAUGGAGACUGACCUGGCACGCCUGCUGGAGCAGGGCACACUGGCGGAAGAGCAUGCCAAGCUGUUCAUGUACCAGCUGCUCCGCGGGCUCAAGUACAUCCACUCCGCCAACGUGCUGCACAGGGACCUGAAGCCCGCCAACAUCUUCAUCAGCACAGAGGACCUCGUGCUCAAGAUUGGGGAUUUCGGGUUGGCAAGGAUUGUUGAUCAGCAUUACUCCCACAAGGGUUAUCUGUCAGAGGGGUUGGUAACAAAAUGGUACCGCUCCCCACGACUGCUCCUCUCCCCCAAUAACUACACCAAAGCCAUCGACAUGUGGGCCGCCGGCUGCAUCCUGGCUGAGAUGCUUACGGGGAGAAUGCUCUUUGCUGGGGCCCAUGAGCUGGAGCAGAUGCAGCUCAUCCUGGAGACCAUCCCUGUAAUCCGGGAGGAAGACAAGGACGAGCUGCUCAGGGUGAUGCCUUCCUUCGUCAGCAGCACCUGGGAGGUGAAGAGGCCUCUGCGCAAACUGCUCCCUGAAGUGAACAGCGAAGCCAUCGACUUUCUGGAGAAGAUCCUGACCUUUAACCCCAUGGAUCGCCUAACAGCUGAGAUGGGGCUGCAGCACCCCUACAUGAGCCCAUACUCGUGCCCUGAGGAUGAGCCCACCUCGCAACACCCCUUCCGCAUUGAGGAUGAGAUCGAUGACAUCGUGCUGAUGGCCGCUAACCAGAGCCAGCUGUCCAACUGGGACACGUGCAGUUCCAGGUACCCUGUGAGCCUGUCGUCGGACCUGGAGUGGCGGCCAGACCGGUGCCAGGACGCCAGCGAGGUGCAGCGCGACCCGCGCGCGGGUUCGGCGCCGCUGGCAGAGGACGUGCAGGUGGACCCGCGCAAGGAAUCGCACAGCAGCUCCGAGCGCUUCCUAGAGCAGUCACACUCGUCCAUGGAGCGCGCCUUCGAGGCAGACUACGGGCGCUCCUGCGACUACAAGGUGGGGUCGCCGUCCUACCUGGACAAGCUGCUGUGGCGCGACAACAAGCCGCACCACUACUCGGAGCCCAAGCUCAUCCUGGACCUAUCGCACUGGAAACAGGCGGCCGGCGCGCCCCCCACGGCCACGGGGUCGAUGGACACCCGGGCGCGCGAGGACGAGCCGGCCAGCCUCUUCCUGGAGAUCGCGCAGUGGGUCAAGAGCACACAGGGCGGCCCCGAGCACGCCAGCCCGCCCGCCGACGACCCCGAGCACCGCCUGUCUGCCUCGCCCCCCGGCCGCCCGGCCCCGGUGGACGGUGGCGCCAGCCCCCAGUUCGACCUGGACGUGUUCAUCUCCCGCGCCCUGAAGCUCUGCACCAAGCCGGAGGACCUACCGGACAAUAAACUGGGAGACCUCAAUGGUGCGUGUAUCCCCGAGCACCCUGGCGACCUCGUGCAGACCGAGGCCUUCUCCAAAGAAAGGUGGUGAGGGCGGAGGGGCCGUUCCAGUCCCCGCAGAGCAGGAGGCCCCCAGAGAAAGCUGGGGCUGGCAGCCCUUCCUGCCCCUCUCUGCUGCCUUGGGGUUAGCAGGACGCCUGAAGGAUCCGAGGAGCGAGAGGAAUGUCCAUUUCUUAAACUGCCUUAAUAACUAGCCUUUAACCUAUAGGAGCGGGUUUGAACAGGACCCUGGCUUGGGGGUUGAUCACUUUCCCAGCAAAGGGGAGACCACGUGUGGUGCACAGGGAAGAAAUAGCCUUAGACAGCAGUCUGCGGGCCCCACCUGGGUGACAGGAUGCAGAGAAAUCUUGCAGAGGUAGCUCCGAAACCACCUGGCCCAACUAGCCUCAACUGACAGCUGAGGAAAGGCAAUUAGACCUAGAGACCAAGAGAUACUUCUUAAGAUCACAGGCUUAGUGUGAGGACCAGCUUUAAAUCCCAGUCUCCUGGCCCCCAGGCCAGGGUCUGUCCAUUAUAGAAUGUCUUCCUCUGUUGGGGUCGUUCUGGCUUUUUGCUUAGAAACUUGAUCUGAGAUGUUUCUUCCCUGUCCAUUACCAUUCGAUGUUCUUUUAUUCAGAGCAACGUUUCUCGUAUUCUGAAACUGGAAACUGAACCAGUUUGUUUCUCCUAGUCACCAAGCAUACUUUCCUGGCUCCCCAAGUACUUAAAUGUUUUCAUCUGUCGCACCCCUGUAUUUGCCUCACCCCUGCACGGUCUGAAAUCUUCCUUUCAGGUCAGAACAGUCUGGGGUCUGUGGGUAAAAUCAGCCCUUCUCCCAGGCCUGUGCACACCCCCUCAGCACUCCCUAUGCACUUUCCUGACACACGCAAAGACAGCCCUCGUUCCCCUGUGGGCGUCCUACCCCAGUGAGGUUGAAGGCAGCAAUUCCAAGAAUCCCUCCAACCUCCCUGCCAGCACUCCCCCUUCACCCC